CCUUUUCUUUCCCUAACCAUCCCUCCCUCCGUUUUGUUGUUAUCACAUGGGAGGGGGCGGAGCCAGGGCCAGGCAGGCGCUGAGAGGCGGCGAGAGCGAAAAGUUUGGCGAAGCGUCUGGAGUUGGUUGUGUAGAGGGGGAACCUCGCCCGGGGAUUUAGUGGGGAAGCUGGCAUGAAGGGGAGUCUGAGUCCAAGCACCCGAAGAGCGGAGGAGGGUCUGCUUCGCCUUCGAGCCACCCACCCCGUCCGAAAGCCUUGCGUGCCGCCGAGCGUGCCAGGAGCUCCGGCCAUGGGUACCACCGCGCACCCGCUGCUGCUGCUGCUGUUGCCGCCGUCGCCGCUCCUUUGCUGCAGUCUCUUUUUCCUGGGGCUGGCCGAAGGGUGCCCGGCUUCGUGCCGCUGUCUGGGGGAACUAUUGGACUGCAGCCGCCUCAAGCUGAGCCGAGUGCCGGAGCCACUCCCGGACUGGAUAGUGCAGCUAGAUCUGAGCCACAAUAGAUUGUCUUCAGUCAAGCCUAGUUCUUUGAGUCACCUUUGUAAACUACGAGAAAUAAAACUGAACAGUAAUGAAUUGGAAACCAUACCAAAUCUCGGGCCUGUUUCAGCAAACAUCACUCUCCUGUCUUUGACAAGUAACAAGAUUGCAGACAUCUUGCCUGAACACCUGAAGCUGUAUCAGUCUCUAGAAACUUUGGACUUGAGCAGCAACAAUAUUUCUGUGCUUAAGAUGGAGUCAUUUCCUCCUCUGGUGCUCAAGUACCUCCACAUUAAUAAUAAUCGAAUAAUUUCCAUGGAACCAGGCACUUUUGACAACUUGUCUAGCACACUUCAAGUAUUGAAGCUGAACAGGAACCGAAUAUCAGCCAUCCCACAAAAGAUGUUUAAACUCCCUCAUCUCCAACAUCUAGAGAUGAACCGUAACAAAAUUAAAAAAAUAGAUGGGCUUACUUUUCAAGGACUUCCUUCCUUGAAAUCUUUAAGAAUACAGAGAAAUGGGCUAGCCAGGCUCAUGGACGGAGCUUUCUGGGGAUUAAGUAGCAUGGAAAUACUGCAGCUGGAUCAUAACAACCUCACAGAGAUUACCAAAGGCUGGCUUUAUGGCUUGCUGAUGUUGCAGCAGCUCCAUCUUAGCCAAAAUGCUAUCAGCAGGAUCAGCCCUGAUGCCUGGGAGUUUUGCCAAAAACUCAGUGAGCUGGACUUGACUUAUAAUCAUUUAGCACGGCUAGAGGAUUCGAGCUUUGUUGGUUUAAGCCCGCUGGUGAGACUGAGCAUGGGGAACAACAGAGUCAGUUACAUUGCGGAUUGUGCCUUCCGAGGACUAUCCAGUUUGCAAACGCUGGAUCUUAAAAAUAAUGAAAUCUCCUGGACAAUUGAAGAUAUGAAUGGUGCUUUUUCUGGACUUGACAAACUUAGAUGGCUGCUACUCCAAGGAAACCGGAUUAGGUCAAUUACUAAGAAGGCAUUUUCUGGUCUGGAUGCACUUGAACACCUAGAUCUAAGUAACAAUGCAGUCAUGUCAGUUCAAGGAAAUACAUUUUCACAAAUGAAGAAACUUAAAGAAUUGUAUCUAAACACAUCAAGCCUUUUGUGCGAUUGCCAGUUGAAAUGGCUACCCGAGUGGCUGAUAGACAAUAAUUUCCAGGCUUUCGUAAAUGCCACUUGUGCCCACCCUCAGGUACUAAAAGGGAGAAAUGUGCUUGCUGUCAACCUAGAAGAUUUUGUGUGUGAUGAUUUUCCAAAGCCACAGAUAACUGUCCAACCUGAAACUCAGUCAGCAAUCAAAGGUUCCAAUUUAAGUUUUAUAUGUUCAGCUGCCAGCAGCAGUGAUUCCCCAAUGACUUUUGCGUGGAAGAAAGACAAUGAUUUGCUGCAUGAUGCUGAAAUGGAGAAUUAUGCGCACCUCAGGGCACAGGGCGGUGAAGUGAUGGAAUACACCACCAUUCUUAGGCUGCGCAAUGUUGAAUUCAGUAGUGAGGGGAAAUACCAGUGUGUUAUUUCAAAUCACUUUGGCUCUUCCUAUUCUGUCAAAGCUAAACUUACAGUGAACAUGCUUCCUUCAUUUACCAAGAUGCCCAUGGACCUUACCAUCCGUGCAGGGGCGAUGGCACGACUAGAAUGUGCUGCAGUAGGUCACCCAGUCCCCCAGAUAGCUUGGCAGAAAGAUGGUGGCACUGACUUUCCUGCAGCACGUAAGAGACGUAUGCAUGUGAUGCCUGAGGACGAUGUGUUCUUUAUUGUGGAUGUCAAAAUUGAGGAUACUGGUGUUUACAGUUGCACAGCUCAAAAUACUGCUGGGAGCAUCUCUGCUAAUGCAACUUUAACAGUAUUAGAAACACCCUCAUUUUUGCGGCCCUUGCUUGAUCGGACAGUGACAAAAGGUGAAACUGCAGUCUUGCAGUGUAUUGCUGGUGGUAGCCCUCCACCUCGACUUAACUGGACCAAAGAUGACAGCACUUUAAUGGUGACAGAGAGACAUUUCUUUGCUGCAGGAAAUCAGUUGCUUAUCAUUGUGGACACAGACUUUGAAGACGCUGGAAAGUACACAUGUGAAAUGUCUAAUACUCUUGGAACAGAGAGAGGCAACAUUCGCCUCAGUGUAAUUCCCACUCCAACCUGUGAUUCUCCUCAGAAUGCUGUCCCAACUUUGGAUGAUGAUGGAUGGGCCACUGUGGGUGUUGUGAUCAUAGCUGUGGUAUGCUGUGUGGUGGGCACUUCCCUUGUGUGGGUGGUCAUCAUAUAUCACACAAGGAGAAGGAAUGAAGAUUGCAGCAUCACAAACACAGAUGAGACAAAUCUGCCUGCUGAUAUUCCAAGCUAUCUGUCAUCCCAAGGAACUUUAGCUGAAAGACAAGAUGGAUAUGGGUUAUCAGAGAAUGGAAGCCAAUAUCAUUUUGUAUCAUCCUCCUCCUCCUCAUCGUCAAUGGGAGGAUAUUUCUUACAACAAAGAGAUAGCAGUGGAAUUUGUCAUGUAGAUAACUGCAGUGAAAGUGACUUGGAAGCUGUAACAGAUCCAUUUUUAUGUCAUUAUCUGGGAACUUCAGGAAGUAUAUAUUUGAAAGGGAAUAUAUGUGGACCAGAUAUGUUUGAAGUAUGCCACACAGGCUGCAACCCAGAUCAAAGGGCGGAGUGCACAGACUUUUAUGAUUCAAACUGCUUAAAGAGAAGGGAAUGUUACCCCUGUCCCCACCCACCUGAAGAUCCUUUUGACCAGUAUAUCAGCAUUACUGGAAUACAUCCUCCAAGUAAUAAAUUGCUUCCUUCUGCUUACACUCAAAGUGAAGAAAGUGGAACAAGAAGCUCACAUCUAAAUAUGGAUGCAUGCAAAUUUAACAGAAAUAAAGAGCUGUCUUCUCUUACUGCAAGUAGCACCUUCAUGGGAACAUUUGGAAAGCCUAUAUGGAGACAUCAGUUUGAUUCCUUCCCAAGCUGUAAGCAGCCAUCGAUUUGGCAACCAAAAGGCUCACAAAAUCAUCCUCGUGAAUCAUUGUACUUUGACUCAGAGUCUGAGGAUGAUAUUAGAAAGGGCAGGACAUUUCCUGAAGGGGAGAGUGGCAACUCUUUUUACGGACAGGUUGCUGAAAAUUUUAGGACUCCUACUUCUCAGUUUUCUGAGUUGGAAACAUAGCUCGCUCCACUCACCUUCAAACUGUUUUAUGAACUAAAGGAAUAUACUACCUCAAAGUGGACAUUAUUUAAAAAGGAGAGGAAGAAGACACUCCAUACUUGUUUUUUAAUAGAGCUAUGAUUCAAAAAAUGAAAUACAUUUUAUACGGAUUCCGUUUUAUUGCCAAAACAUUAUACAUUUUUAUGCAGAUUAUACAUUCCUAAUAGAAUAUAUUUCUAAUAACUUUA